UGCAUAUUAAAUAUAUGUAUAUACAUAGAAAAUCCCAUUUCUGUAUAUUUUGUUGUCUUUUUUCUAACAUUGCUAUCACUUAUAGGAAAGAAAUGGCGAGGACUAACGCCACAGGACAGAAGGCCGUACGUCGAAGAAGCUGAAAGACUCAGGGUGAUACACAUGCAAGAACAUCCGAAUUAUAAAUACAGACCAAGGCGAAGGAAACAUGCUAAACGAUCUCCAGGAGCACCUUCCUCUCCUCCAUCAGCUAACAAUACUGCCAGCAGUAGGUCCAAUCCUAACAAUGCUACCAUUCAUCAUUCCAUAUCUAAGAUGGAAAAUUAUCAAGGAAUCUCACAGAUCCCAUGGAGUAGCCAUUCCCCCAUUUCGUCUUUAUAUCAUCAUCAUCAUCAUCAUCACCAUCAUCAUCAUCAACAGCAGCAACAGCAACAACAGCAGCAACAACAACAACAACAGCAGCAGCAGCAGCAGCAGCAGCAGGGUAUUCAAGAAUAUAAAUCGGAGAAUAAUUCUUUAUAUGGUAGUCCAUACACGCCUAUUAUCCAUACACCGGACAUAUCACCAGUUGGUAGUCCUGAACCUGAUGGUGACGGAACUCACCUACCGCCUACGCAAAAUCCAGAUCCAGAACGGGAUUUGAUGGAAGGGACGUCGAAACAACUUGGGGAUAUUAACGAUCAAACAAAACGGUACACUUUUAUAAGUGAAAAUAAUCAGGUUCAUGGGACUCAUAAUGUUGCUACUAGCAUUACGUCUUGUCAAAAUUCAGCUAAUUAUACGGACACGUUGACUUAUAAGAAAUCGAUUAGUUAUUUAAACUUCGAGAGGCAGACGUCCAGCAUAGCAGCAUUAGGUAUAGCAAAUGGCAUGAUGGUAUCAUGCAACAAGCUUCGUUCUGGUUUCGAAAACGUUGGUUCGGUCACUGGCACGUUUUAUCCGCCCGUUGCUUCUCCUCACGAUCAAUCCUUGCAACAUUACGCAAGUAGUCAGUCCUCGAAAUCAGUAAACUAUUCAAUGCAGGCAGCAGUUGAGAGCAACUAUAGUUCAGUACAGUGUAGCAACAGGCAACAAACUAUGGGGAUACGAGGUACAACAGAAAGUUGCUCAGGUGUCAGUCCAAGGUAUCAAAUGUCUCAGCAUCAUCAAGAAUAUCAAACUGAUGCAAAUUCUUCGCACGAUCAACAACAACAACAGCAACAAAUUAUUACUCACAUAGAUCCAAGUAGUAUGUCAACUUCAACUGAGGAAGAUCAACAACCACAACAACCACAGCAGCAGCAGCAACAACAACAACAACAACAACAACAACAACAAAAACCACAACAACAACCACAACAACAAUCACAACAACCACCACCACCACCACCACAACAACAACAACAGCAGCAGCAGCAGCAACAGCAACAGCAACAAAGCUUGCAGUUAGAAAAGUACUUUAAGUAUUCCCAUCCCACGAGUGCUGGUCAUUCUAAUUUAAGAUCCCAAAAUUUAUUGGACAAUAAUCACAAUUACGCAAGCGAUUUGCGUUAUUAUGAUUUGGAACAACAGCAACAACAACAACAACAACAACAAUCUCAAUUCGAUAUUUCAAACUCUCACUGCAUAGUUGACGAGCAGAAUAAAGAUGCUCGGUGUACUAAUAUGGGAAUCGGCCAUGGUAUUGAACAAUAUCAUACUGCGAGUAGCAUAACACUUGGCAAAUAUCAGGAGCAUUCAGCGCAUCCCCAACAACAAUCACAAGCACAGCAGCAACAACAAAUGCAACAACAAACUCAGCAGCAACAUAUACAAAAUAUUGAGAACUCGACUAAAGCUGAAGAUGAUUUCAGUAUGAUUUUAGCAAAUGUACGAAAGACAUGUUACAGUAGCUAGUCCUCUCUCUUUCUCUCUUUGCACUUUUACAUCGUUCGACAUUUGUCUUACCGUUUUAUCAAACAAAAGAUAACAGAUUUUACUUUUUUAUCAAAUAAAAUAUACAUAUACACAGUCUACCGAAUGUAUUAGGUUGAUGAAUAUUUCGUAUUAAUCAAAUUUGGUAUAUGUGCUCUUAAACACGAUCUCCUACGAUUUUGUUUCUCCGUCGUUUAACAUUUUUUUUUUCAAUCUCUGAUGAGAAUUACAUUGUAAAUUUAAAAUAAAUCGGAGAUACAUCUUUUUUUAUACUCAUGUAGACUUUAUAAAUAUAGUGAUCGUACAAUUUCUUACUUCUAUAGCUUAUUUUGAUUUUUAAUAUUAUUUUUCUUUUGGCUUUAUUUCGUUAAGAUUAUAUUAAUUUUCUCGUCAAUUUAAGCAUAUACAAAUAGAUAGAAUUCAUGCGUGCGUGUAAAAAAGAAAGAACAAAAAGAAAAGAACGAAAUAUACCGAAAGACACGGUUUAUACUAAAUUAUUUUUAUUAAUAUAAUUUUCUUUGCGAUAUU